CCCACCCAUCCCAACCUAAUCCACAUCCACCACAGCCCCAUCCCCUUCACCAGCGGGGCCUUCAGCCUGACCUCCCUCCCGGCCGGCUCGCUGCUCUGCAAAAUCGACACCCCCACGCCGUCCAAGAAAGCGUACACAUCCGUGCAGACCGGCCGCGACAGCCACAUCGAGCUGAACUCGGACCUGGUGUACUGCAACCACAGCUGCGCGCCGACGGUGAACUUCGACAUGGACAGGAUGGAGGUGCGGGUGGUGGAGGGCCGCGAUCUGAAGGUCGGGGACCCCUUGACGUUCUUUUAUCCGUCCACCGAGUGGGUCAUGGAUCAGCCGUUUGAGUGUACCUGUGGGGUUGGGGAGAGGUGUAAGGGGUGGAUCACCGGGGCGAAGGGGAUGGGGAGAGACGGGCUGGAGGGGUAUUGGGUUAAUGGGCAUAUUGAGGAGAUGUUGAGGGAGGAGGAGGAGAGAGCUUAG